UUUGACAUGUGAUAUAAAUACAAUGAACAAUACAAAGACUGGUAUCAGUCAUUAAUUAUGUAUUGCCAAUAGAAACCAAAAGUCUAUGUAGUAACUUAAUGUCUAUAUAUACUGUCCCCUUUAAUAAAAAAAAAAUAUUGGAAUAUAUAUAAAUAUGAAUGCAAUUGUUGGUUUUUGUCAUUUCUGUGAGGCUCAUGGACCAAGACCAGUAUUUUGUACAUAUACUACUGAAGACGAACAACACACCACCGAGCCCUCUAAAAAUGCGGUACAGUGCAAUGGCUGUACUUCUAUAGGUUCAGAAAUGGUACUAAUAUCAAGAGAUGGCGAUACAAUCUUUUGUAGCAGGGAAUCUGUUCCAAAUCCUGAAGUUACCUCUUUUUUGAGACAAGCUGCUUUAAGAAGUAUUACUUGUGAAGUAAAUUGGAGUAAAGAAGGUGGAGUGGUUUAUUUCAGUGACACACAAGGAGAUGUGCUCAGCUCUACCUUUCAAUUAAAGGAUACUAGGUCAAGGGGAUUGAAAAGGUUGUUCUCAAUUGUUGUUUUAAUGAAGGAUAAAAUGUUACUAUUAAAUAUUACACCAGUACUCUCAGAACACAUGCAGAAAAUUGCAAAAGAACUGCAAAAUCUAGCUAAUGAGGUCUAUGAACAAGAACAAAGUAUAUGCUCUCAAAGAGCUUUAAGGCUUAAGACAGGACGACAUGACUUUGGCCAGUCCCGAUCCUUAGUGCAAUUAACAGGAGAUGCAGACAUUUUUAAAAAACUCCACUCUCAUUUUACACACAUCCUCAGAAUAGGUGCAGUAACUUAUUCUGAAACUUUAUAUACAAGUCAUGGCUUACUUAAUAAAAUCACUCCACAAUUAACUAGCAACACAAUAUUUCAAGAAAAUGCCUGUGUUGUUCCUAAUAACAACUGCCUGACAUUAAGGGAAUUAGAAAGUCUAUUAACAAAGGAAGCUUUUAAAAAAGUAUUGUAUUGCAUCUUAACUGGAGUUCAUAUAGUCAUAAAAUGUGUUAACUUUGAACCGACAAGAAUUAUAGACUGUUUAUUAAAAAUAAUUCCUAGUACAAAUGUAGAUAAUAACAGGCCUAUAGUCUCAGUUGGUGGAGACAACAUCGAAACAUAUGGUAAUUGCUGUAUAGAAGAAGUAGAAAAUAAUGAUUUUGUUUGUAAAUGGAAUGGAAGUUUGCCUGAUAAAUGCCCCACGUUGAUGAGGAGGAUAGAAAUUGCUAUGGAUAACACGAAAUUAACAAAUGCUGUAUUGGACCAACAUAUAAAAUCUCUUCAGUUGGAAUGGUUGGGGAUAGCGAACACAAUCAAAAUGGCGAAAACAAAUUCAGGAAAAUCGGAUGCCAUAAGAAAAUUGAAAGUUGUGUUAGGUGUGAUGCAGCAAGAUGAAGUACUUGUUAACUACUGGUCGUGCAUGUUUUGUAGUUAGUGGAAAAGUAUGGAAAGAAUUGUGAUAUUUAUUUAAUAAAUUUAUAAAUGUAAUAUGUUCUAUUGAUGA